AUUCCACAGGCAAGGCUUAGAAAAGCUCCUGAGCUCCUGAAAAAGAUUGGGGAGGGAAAAAGGGCUGUAUGAAGAAAAGUGGAGUAGGUGAGAAUUGACUGGAUGCGAGAAGCAAUUUGAGAAGCGAAGCAGGCAGUAGCGAAGGAGAGGUGGCUGCGGUGGAGGAAAUGUCAGGCUGUUGGAAGGGAUUUUGGAAAGAAGCGAAAGGCUGAGCAUUUCUAUGUUGAGAUGGAGCUCUAGCAGAGAUCCUGAGUGUCUGGGAACAUAGGGCCAUCGCUUCUGAGAUGCAGAUAGAAAAGCAAAGGAGUGGGAAUAUGGUGAGUUGUUUAGUGACAGAGAUGUAGCAGACAAGGGAGCCUUGGGGCCACAUCAGGGUCUCAGCUAGACAUGGAUGAACUUUACCUGGAAGGAGAAGAAAGAGAAGGUGGCACAGCGGACAUGGCUAAUGACAGUCUCAAUGAGGAAGGCCAAGUAGAGGUGGACAACUCAGAGUUGUCCCUACGGAUGGUGAUGGCCUCGUUGCUCCUGCUCCUCAUCCUCUCCACUCUGCUGGGUAACACUCUUGUAUGCAUGGCAGUGGUCAAAUUCAGGCACCUGCGCUCCAAAGUCACCAACUUCUUUGUCAUCUCCCUGGCUGUUUCAGAUCUCUUUGUGGCUGUGCUGGUGAUGCCCUGGAAGGCGGUUGCUGAAGUGGUUGGUUUCUGGCCCUUUGGAGUCUUCUGUGAUAUCUGGGUGGCCUUUGACAUCAUGUGCUCCACUGCAUCGAUCCUCAACCUUUGCAUUAUCAGCAUGGACCGCUACUGGGCCAUCUCCAGCCCAUUUCGCUAUGAACGAAAGAUGACCCAGCGGGUGGCUUUUAUCAUGAUCGGGGUGGCUUGGAUGCUCUCAGUCUUGAUUUCCUUUAUCCCUGUCCAGCUGAGAUGGCACAAAGCCAGUGAGAUUCUUCCUGCUCAUGACAUGGAUGCCAACUUCACCUGGAUCCCAGGAGAAAACUGUGAUUCCAGCCUCAAUAGGACCUAUGCGAUCUCAUCCUCCCUCAUCAGCUUCUACAUUCCUGUUGCUAUCAUGAUAGUGACAUAUACCAGGAUCUUUCUCAUUGCCCAGCGACAGAUACGGAGGAUCUCUUCUCUAGAGAGGGCAGUAGAGCAUGCCCAGGGCUGCCAAAGUAAUGAAUGUCCCCAUGAACUCUCCUUGAAGAACUCCUUCAAAAAAGAAACCAAGGUCCUCAAGACCCUCUCUGUCAUCAUGGGGGUCUUUGUCUUCUGCUGGCUUCCUUUCUUUGUGCUGAACUGCAUGGUACCCUUUUGCAACCACCAUUUGCAGAAGCUUGGCAAACUGCCCUGUGUCAGUGACGCUGUUUUCAACAUCUUUGUCUGGUUUGGAUGGGCCAACUCCUCCCUCAACCCUAUCAUCUAUGCCUUCAAUGCUGAUUUCCGGAAAGCCUUUGCUACCAUCUUGGGCUGUGGCCAUUUCUGCUCCAGUAACACUGUGGAGACCGUGAACUUCAGCAAUGAGCUGGUUUCAUACCAUCAUGACACGACGUGCCAGAAAGACCUGGUGACCCUGAGCUACCCUCACCUUCUCCCUCACGCCACCAGCCUCCAAGGAGAGGACAAUGACAAUGACCAUGACUUUGUGUUUGACAAGGUCUCCCAAACCUCAUGUAGUAACAACGCGGCUGUCUUGUCGGCCAUUGUGCAUGUAGAGUAUGAGACAGACGCAUCGCUUGAGAAGACUAGUCCCUAAGAGUGGACUGAAAAGGGACAUUGAGGGGAACGUACCAGGGGGGAAGAGAUUUCCAAAACACCUUGUCAAAAUUCUCUGUAAAAAAGAAGGGUGGGGUUUUUGGCAAGAAUCGGUUGUACCUUUGGCUGGAAAAGAAUGUACACCUAUAUCUUCAUAGUAAGUAUUCAAAUGGUUGUCUGAAUCUUACUUGAUGUACUGUACCCAAGGGGGAGGAUGUAUGGAUUUAGACGUAGUAUCAGCUGCAAGUGAGUGCUAAUGUCAUUUGCAAUCUUUAAUGUUUUAAAAAAAAUCUAUUUUUGUGCUUUUGAAA